AUGAUCAUGGGCACCAAGGGGUUGAUCGAACCAUUCAACUGGCCCCUGGGCCUCCUCCGCCGGCCGCCCCUGGGCCUCCUCCGCCGGCCGCCCCUGGGCCUCCUCCGCCGGCCGCCCCUGGGCCUCCUCCGCCAGCCGCCCCUGGGCCUCCUCCACCAGCCGCCCCUGGGCCUUCUCCGCCGGCCGCCCCUGGGCCUCCGCCUGCAAGUCCCCCCUCUCAAAUACGACGUUCAGCAAGACCAACUGCUGGACAGCACCCAAACCCCUUCAACCUGCCCCGUCCUGCCCAUAGUCAGGCGGCCCUAG